GGAGAAAUGAGGCCAUGUGCAGUGUAAAUACAUAUAGUUGACUGUAACAAAGGCCUCCUGGUACAGAAAGCUGCACUUAUCUGCUUCAAUCAGAUUAGGUAUUGGGCGGUACCUCUUUACAUGUUUUAGUCUCUCUCAUACAUGACGUAUUCAAUGCUACCAGAGUAAAAACACUGCAUCUCAACAGCUCGGAUACUCAAUGUGCAGGCUGAUCUUCAAACUUCAUCCUCUUUAGUGUAUUCAAGGUGACAAUGGCUGUAACUAUCUGUCAGUGCCUGGGAUUCGUAAUCUCAGCUGUUGGGGUGGCUGGAAUAAUUGCGGCAACAGUCAUGAACCAAUGGAGUACCCAGGAUAUGUACGAUAACCCAGUAACUGCGGUCUUCAACUACCAAGGCUUGUGGCAAACCUGCGUUAAGGAAAGCUCUGGGUUCACUGAAUGCCGAUCAUAUUUUACCAUCCUGGGAUUACCAGGUGAGAGCAAAAGUUUCAAUUUGCUUCUAAGCUUAAUGUAUUGAAUUCAUGUAAAUGUGGCUGCAGAAUGCAUGGAUUUAACUAUACCUAUAUCUUCUGUGAUUCAGAAAAGCUGGGGCAUGGUAUAUUGACUCCAUGUGUGAUCUUGUGCUUCAGAUUGUAAGACAAACAAGAAAAACAGCAUUAAAAGAUCACUAACUAGCCACUGUUAGGGCUUACCUAAUUCCAUAUCAUGUGGUUCAUGAGUGGUCCUAGGAGUUACUAUACGGUGAAGUGACCAAAAUUCACUAAGACACAUAAAUGCAAUGACUAUAAUUUUAGUUUUCAGAUCGUAAUAAAAUAGAAAGCAAAUUUAAGGGGUUGGGUUUGAUAUGUGGAAUUAGAAAUUCUAAAGAAAGUCAAUUGUUCAGUAGGCCUAAACAUCUGAGAACAGAGCACAUCCUACACAAAGGCCUGUGACAAACAGAGGAUUCUGUCAAAUAAAAUUGCUCAUUACAUAAGUACACUCAUGGUAAUAGGUGGUCCUCUUUACAGACCAUGUUAAGGUGAUAAAGCUAAGAAGAGUAAUGUUUAAACCUUCAGUUCCACAAGGUUCUUAUAUAUAAUUUUCCCUUUCAUUAACACUUCAAUGUUCAAGCGCAAUACACUAUAGUUCACCCAUUGUUCAGCACUGCAGAAUUUAUUGGCACUAUAUAAAUAAUAACUAUUAUUGGAUAGAAUGUUUAUUUAAAUCUGAAUAGCGAGCAAUAUACUUUCAUUGAAAAUUUUUUGAUGUUUGUGUGCAAAUGUUUCUUCUUGUUUAUUCAUUCAAAUGAUGUAAUUUAUAGGUUGCAUUCAAUGAACAGCUCUUAACAUUAUUAAAUUACACAUUUAUCCACUAUAUAGUUAGUUACAGGUGAGCUGGCAACCAAGUUGCAACACUGAAUAGAAAAUAAAAAAAAAUAAAAACAUUCACCAACCUAAUUAAUUAAAUCCAAAUUUACCCCAACUGCUUUUCAAAAUGUCAUUAUUUCUAGACCAGUGGUGGUUAACUCUGGCAAGCAGUUUUCUUUUUGUUUUUUUUAACUAUAUUUCCAAUGAUUCGCAACUAGCUGAAUGUUUGAUUUUUUUAAAUAAUAUUCUGUAUGGUUCUUAGCCGAACUGAACAUUUUGGUAAGUAGGUAGAAUUAGCUAUUCGAAACAUGACAUAUGUAACAAAAAAACAAACAGUUUUUAUUAUUAUUACUGGUAUUUAUAUAGUGCCAGCAUAUUCUGUAGCACUUUACAAUAUUAUCAAAGGGAGAGAUUUAACAAUAAAUGAGAUAAUUACAAAAACUUACAGGAACAAUAGGUUGAAGAGGGCCCUGCUCAAACGAGCUUACAGUCAAUAGGAGAUGGGGCGUAAAAAACCCAAAAGGACAGGAGGUAGCAAUCAAACUAGGUGGAGUGAAGCAGAGCUGAAGGAGAGAAUAUAGUGCUGCCGUUUAGGAGAGAGCAAGGGAUAGGUAAGUGAGGUAGAGGUUACUCUGGAAGGUCAUAAGCUUUCCUAAGGAGAUGGGUUUUGAAGCAGUUUUUAAAUGAUUGAAGACUAGGGAAGAGCUUGAUGGUCGUAGGCAGGCUAUUCCAAAGGAAAGGAGCCACCCUCGAAGUCCUGCAAGCGUGAGUUGGCUCUAUGGGUUCGAGCAGCAGACAGGAAAAGGUUAUGGGCAGAGCGGAGAGACCGAGAAGGGGCAUAUCUGUGGAUCAGUGAAGAAAUAUAGGAGGGGUUAGAAUUGGUCAGUGCUUUAUAGGUAUAGAUUAGUACUUUGAAUAUACUAUUGUUCACUGAAUUUCUACAUGCAUGCACAAUUAAUGAGAAGCACAUAUUAUAACAUAUUAACAUAUUACAUAUUAACCCCACUGCUCUAUGCAUUCAUGAUUGAACUAAUAUAUUGAAACAUAUCUGCAGUUAUAAUAAUAAUCAAAAUAAAGUUAUAAUUGGUAGCAGAAGUGACGUUGCUUUUUAUUUUAUUUUAUAGUCAAUAUAAUUUCACUUUAGAAUUGUCAUAAUAAUAUUUUCGCAUUCACUUUUUUCUCUCUCUGAUUAAAUUUGAGACAUGAUCUUAGUAACACAGAAAUGAAGGGUAACUAAAUGUGUCUAUCUUCCAUGGCCUGUUUUAGGAAUGACAAGGUAGUGAAUUGUUUAAAGUCAGGCGUAGUAACAGCUCUGGAGCAAACUGUCCAGGUUAGUUAUUUAGAAAGGCUGAACUUGAUGGAGGCAAGUCUCUUUUCGACUAUGUGACAAUGUAACACAGAGAUUUGUUUGCAACUUCUCAUAUUUGCAAGAAACUCACUUUGCUCAAUUCUUUCAUGCUAAGUAUGGUUAACAGCUAUUUUUUUUGCUUGGCAUAUAUCUAUUAGGCAUGUUCCCAGAUUUCCUACAAGUGACUGUAUAGAAAAUAAUUAUGCAUAUACUGAUAGCAGCCAAGCAAUUUAUAGUGAGUUCAUUGGAAUCUGUAUUUUCACCUACCCUUUCUACAGUGAUUGUUUAAUGUGUUAUUUCUGGCAAGAGUCUGUAAUGUAUUUAUACACCUUUGAUAUGGUACUGUUAAAAACAAAAAUUCUAUAAUAAUGAUACAUUGGAAAAAAAUAAAACUCGAUUUGUGCCAAAAAUAUUUCACUUGGAAAUAAUUCUGAAAACAGAGCAAGUUGAAUUUCAGGUUGGGCAUUUCUGAUGUCCUUACUUCCCCAAGUCAGCCAUGUUUUCAGUACAACAACUCUGGCCUUAAAUUUGAAAAUCACUUCCAAUUCACUUUGACUUCUGAGGAAAUACCUCUGUUUUUAAAUGAGCUAUGAAUUUCCAACCAUUCUCACCUUGAAUGUGUUUAAAUCAGACGUACAUGUCGAUAGGUGGCAUUUCGAAGAUGAAUGUUGCAUUAACCAAGGGACUACUGAUGCCUACUAACUUCGAUAUUUUGUUCUCUUUAGCUAAUAUUAAAUAAUUUGGCCAUUCAAUCUUUGAAAAGCUGUUUCUAAAAUGUCAGAAUAUUUCCUCUUCUGUCAUAGCCAUGUUGAUGAUAAAUAAUUUUAAAUCUUUCAAGAGUCAUAAAAUCUUGUAAGAUUUUAUAGACGUAGAGACAGUUUAAUAUUUUGUUUGAUUCUUUGAUAUAGUUUUAAGAAACAAAAUCCAGACCUAUAAAAGCAAUAAAACCAGUUGAUUAUCCUAAACUAUUUUUUGCUGAGUGUGGGGGUAUUUUAAGAUCUUAAUAUAAUCCCUAUCCUGUAAUAAACCUCUUCUAAAAAUUACUUCCCUGCGUUUCCCACGCCCCCAUUCUGACAGCCAUCUUUAUGCACCUUUGGUCAGAUUGUCAGACAUGUGACCCAAUGCUCACUAUUUUGCAAUGGUCUGUUGAUUUUCAAAAGCUCCUGAGAAAAUACAUCAGACACAAAGAGCAACUUGUUUUAAAUAGCAACGGACAGCUACAAAACGUUAAGCAUUGACUCAUAAUUGACUAUCCAAUCAAAGGUGCUAAACGCUGGACAGUCAGAAAGGGGGAGUGGAAAAUAGAUACAAUGUAUAUAAUUUAAUUAGAUUACAUUUUUUUUAAAUAACAUGGUAGAUUUGGCCUCAUAUUUAUUCUGUAUUGUUCUCCCUAUUCAAAUAUUUUUAGUUUAACUAAAAGUAAAAAGUUUUGCAGCCUUCAGCAUCUUUACUCUGCCCCCUCUCCCUUUUCCAAAAUGUUUUCCUUUUCACAAAAUGUCUUCCAAGGUAUAUAUGAACUCUUCUCAACCAGUGAUGGAUCAGUUUGCACACAGCCAAUCCCUGUCUUCAUAAAUUAAAUCCACAUUUGUUUACUAGAUUUGGGUGUCGUCCAGUCAUGAAGUGUACAGCUGUUAGCUACUAAAAGCUCAUUGAAGCUAUUGCAGCAGAGGGACUUAAAGGUUUACUCGAAGUACCAUGACUACUUUGCUGAUUGAAGAGGUCAUGGUGUCUGGAAUCUUUAUGUGUAGAGUUUUGCUAUGUAACUCCACCUCCAGCAGCAUCAUUGGGGUGUCAUCAGCCAGCCCGGAACUAGCAUUUCAGGCAAAUGUCAAUUCUGGACAACUUUUAUUGUACAGAAUGUCAGUAAUUUGCUGAGAUCAUUCAGCUGAUGCUCUCAUCCAAUGAAUUCCGAUGGUCAAGAUUAGUUCUGCAGAAGCCAGAAGCACGUCACCAGGACACCAAGGAGCAUUGGAGCGUGGACCCUGAUAAUGGGGAAAACCAUACUAAAUAGUUUUCCCCUUUGACAGGAGGGCUAGGGCACUUCUCGGAUCAUAACCACUACAGAGAUCUGUAGUGGUUAUGAUGAUUGAAGAACCCUUUAAAGUCAGAUGAGGGUACACCCAGAGGGGACAGUAUAGAGCAAUAAAUAGUAAAUACUGUUUGAGUAUUUCCUUCCAUGACAAAGAUAUUUUUCAUGUAACCACAAAGGUCAUAAUUAACAAGAAAUGGUCAUGAUUAGAUCUUUUCAAAUAGACAUUCCUACAUAACGUUAAAGUGAACAUUCCUUGCUUGAUCAACUUGAUUUUGUAUGAGUUAGCUAUAGUUUAUCAAGUUAUCCUAUGGAUCUGAGAUAUAGGAGCAUACAUUGAGCUAUGAAGUAGUUUUAUGUGCUUUUUGCAGCUGCAAAAAAAAAAAGUGAAGUGCAUGAGUAUUUGUUCCUUUCAAUCGACAAAAUAAUUUUACUUCACAACCUGUGAUAAAAUCCAAGAGGUUGCAGUUAAUCUUUUAUGCAAAUACUGCAAAACAAUAAGAGCAAUUAAUUCUAAAUUCCAUAUGCAAUCAGGUGUGCAUUUUUUUUGGGGGGGGGACUGUCUUUGGAAUGACAAAGUAGUGACUUGUUUAAAGUCAGGUGUAGUAACAGCUCUGGAGAAUAAUAUCCAGGUUAAUUAUUGACCAACCCAGAGAGAUGUUUUCAAAGUCUCAUAUUUGCAAGUAGCUCAAUUAGUCCAUGUAUGGUUAAAAUCUCUUCCCUGAGAUUUAUCUAUUAGACAUGUUCCCAGAUAUCCUACAAGGGACCUUAAAAUGGUUAUGAGUAUACUGAUUGCAACGAAGCAUGGGAGUCUGUCUUGUCACCUACCCUUUCUACAGUGACUGACAACUUAUCCUUGGCCUUACUUUAUGAAGAGAUGUUUGGUAGGAUAACUGGAGUCAUAUAGCAUCCAUUUUAAAAUGUGGUCCCAUUGGUCUGCUGCUUCCCAUCAAAAUGGUAAAACUCUGAUCGCUAAUCAAGUAGGUUUUCCUGCCUCAACCCACCUAUGAUUUUUGCCCCUACGAUAUAAAAGUUUAUGUAGUUUAUGUUUAUAACAUUUAAUGUAAUUUUGUCUGAAUGGAAUCAGUCCCAAACAAAAUGUACCAUUCUAUUGUAUGCAUGUGUCUAAUGUGUUGAACUCGGGCAAGAUUCUGGUAGGUAUUUAUACACAUUUGACAUUUUUGUACUGUUAAAUGCUAAAAUUCAAUGAUAUGAAAUAGUUUUGCAUACUUUUUGUGGCAGAAAAAAGAAAAUAAAGUGCAUGAGUUAUUUUUCAAAGCAAUCAAAAAAGUAAUUUUACUUCAAAACCUGUGAAGAUACACUGAAGUGGUUGCAGUUGCAUUUUGGUGCAAAUACUGCGACACAGUAAGAACAAAUAAUUCUAAAUUCUCAGAUCAUGCUAUAAUCAUGCAAUCACAAUUUGUGCACUUUUUUUGAACAAUGCAUGCAUUUUGCUGCUAAAGAUAAAUUAGUCUCUCUGUGUAUAAAAGUAUUCCAUCCCCAAGAUAAUUAUUUUUUUUAAAUAAAUCAUCAAAGCAGCCUUCUGAAUUAUAAAAAAAAAAUAUUUAGUCAUUGACCUCAAAUUCAUGUUACUUGAACUUCUUUCACUUACGAGUCCUUGUGCACAUGGAACUUAAUGUACAUGCUCAGAGAAAUAAAUCAAUGCACAGAAAUGUCUUUUAUAAAAUUCUAAUAAAAGGUAUAAAGGUAUAUUAUAGGAAGCUGGAGCAGAUGUUUUCUUCUUAAGUGAAUGAGACUCUCUGUAUGCUACAUUGUACAAUUACCAUUAGUCACUCUCUGCUUGGAGUUUUCAUAAUUAGAAAUGGUAUUGAAUUGAAAAAAAAAUAAAAAGCACGCACACGCACACACACACACACACACACACACACACUCUCUCUCUCUCUUUCUUUCUAACUCUCUCUCUCUGAAUAAGUAAUAAAAAAAAAAUCCAGGGCACUCACUCAUUCACUAAAUUUCAAGUCUCACAGAAUAUAAUAGUGUGGGGGUUUUUUUUUAACACCUACCUUAGGCAAAAAUAAUGGGGGUUAAAGUACAAUAUAUGAUCAUUCUGGUCAUACUGGGAAUCUCUUCAGUGCAAGGUUAAAUAUGGCCCUGGAAUGAGGUGCCUGUGACAGGGAGGGGUGCAAAACCGGGGAGCUGGCCUGGACUCCUAAAUAAAUAUACAUAAAACGAAGAGGCUGCACUCACCUGAACAUGCAUUAUAAGGUGCUGCUGGGGCCAAUUCAUAACAAGAUCCAGUGCACUCACUAAACACUAUUUAACAUUCAGAGAGUCCCAGGAGGAAGCAUUUCCCAAAUUUCCCAUAUAAGUGGAUUGAUCUCAUAAGAGCAGGCAUUAGGUUGCUAGGAUAGUACCUGUCAAUAAUGGGGUAAAUUGACAUUGUGGCAGGCUUAUGCAAUCUAUGAUCAUAUACUGUAACUAAAUCCCUAUUAUUUUUUGCAUAGGUAAGGUGUUUUGUUUACAAUCUGUGAGACUUGAAAUUGCUAUUUAGUGAAAAAGCGAGUGCGCUGGAUCUUGUAUGUUGUAUGAAUUGGCUCCAGUAGCACCCUAUAAUGUAUGCAUGUUCAGGUGGGUGCAGCCCUCUUGGUUUAUAUAUAUAUAUAGUUUUCAAUACAGUAUUUCAUGAAAAAGUAGGCUAUAGCAUGAUUUCACAGCCAGUUUGUUAAUUAAAUAAAGCAGUGGGGUGCACUUCCUUGUUUGUUGAGUGUGUUAUCGGCUGGCUGUCAGUUACACCGGGGUAAGAAAUUUAAAUUUAGUAACAAGUGGUGCUCAGUUUCUAUAUAUAUACAUACAUACAUUUUAAGUAUAUACUUUGCAGGUGACUGAUUAGACACUUAAUGGUUAAUAUUAUGUUGUACUUUGCUUAGAUAUAUCUCAUUACUAUAUAUAUAUAUAUAUAUAUAUAUAUAUAUAUACUAUAUAUUAAAUAUCUAUGAUAUAUCAUUGAUCUAUCUCACACUGUCUGUUUCUUUCUUUCUUUCUAUAUAUAUAUAAAGAGAUUAUAUUUUACAGAUAUUUAUUUUUAGCAAUAUAUGUUUUACUAAGGUUUAACAUUAUAUUGACCCUAAGCAGUCAGCUGCUUAAGCAAUUGCCUGCCAAGUAUGUACUCUCUUGUAUGGGACCCCUCCUUCUUAUAAUGUAUGUAGGACAAAUGUACUAUUUGCUAAAUUCUGUUUUAAGUCUUUAUAACUAUAAAAACAGUCCCCAAUUCCUGAUAGCUUUAUAUUAAUAAAAUAUGCAUGUAUGUUGGGUGGAGGGAAAACAUAUAUUCUUGGUUUUUCUUUUCUUGCUUUUUUUAACUUACAUGUGUAGUUGAUAAAGGGAAAAAUAUAUAUCUUAUUUUUUUAAACUGGAUCUAAUUUCAUUAAAAAAAGAUAAUUUCCAUAUUCUGUCAUACUGGAUUGCGUGCUGUUUAGCAGACUGAUAUUGCUGUUCUAAAUAGCAUAGAUGUAUAACACACAGGAGACACUCCUUGAAAGUAUAGCUUACGUGUUUUAAGCAGCUCUUCAGUGUGGGCACAGCUUCUAAGUACAUCCAUUUUUGACAAAGAACAUACUACAUUCAGGUGUCAAUGACCAUUGGCUUGCUUCUCGAAGAGCAAGCAACAUAUAAGUCAUAUAUACCCCUCUGGUUGGUAAAAAGAAAUGUGUGUAUUCCUCAUUCUUGGUUCCUCCACUUGAAGCAUGGGAGUGUGAGUGUUCUGCACAGUAUCUUAGCUGUUCUAGAACUGAUCUCUUCUAGACUGAGAUACCAGAUGUCCCAUUUAGAAACUGCUGAAGCCACUCCACCAGCUUGUGUGUCUAUCACUACUACUGUACUACUACCUUCACUCUUAAAGGGACACUCCAGGCACCCAGACCACUUCUGCCCAGCUCAUUGGAGUGGUCUGGGUGCCAACUCCCACCACCCUUAACACUGCAUGUGUAAUUAUUGCAGUUUUUAUAAACUGCAAUAAUUACCUUGCAGGGUCAAGUACUCCUCUAGUGGCUGUCUACCAGACAGCCACUAGAGGGACUUCUGUGUUCUUAGAACACGCAAAGUGUUUUAAAUGACACUGGACAUCCUCGCUCUAUGCAUGAGGACCUCCAGUGUCACCGGAAUCCCCAUAGGAAAGCUUUGUAUAAUGCUUUCCUAUUGGAAAGGUCUAAUGCGUGCAUGGCCAUUGGCGCGCAUACUUAGUAUGUCUCCCCGCUGGCUGGUGUCGGCAGGGUAGGAGCAUGGGCGGAGCCUGAUUCAGCGCUGAGAGACAUCGGCGCUGGAUUCAGAUAAGUCACUGAAGGGGUUUUAAACCCUACAGCAACAUGGGAUGGGGUGGGAGGGAGACGGGCACUGCAGGGUCCUGCAGUGCCAGGAAAAUGGAUAUGUUUUCCUGGCACUGGAAAGUCCCUUUAACAUUCUUUCUAGCUCCUCUUUCAGUCCUUGGUAUUUCUGUACCUUCUUAUGUUCCUUCUUCUUGAUAGACAAUUAAUAGCAUAUAGCUGAUGGAUAAAGUAUCAGGUUUUCUGAUACAAUAUUUACAAUUGUUCCAAUUUCAUGGUUUGGUUCAGACAUUUCUGACCUUCCUGGCCAAUGCUGAAUGAUCAUGGGUCUUUCUGUAUCACAGUUUUCAAUUGAUUUUUUUUUAAAUACAAUAUUUAUUUCAUCAAGUUUGAAAAGAAAGUAUUUUUUUUUUAAAGAACACCACAGUGUCACUUUAAUUUUAACCCUGCAAUGUAAAAUAAUGCAAUUUUUCAGACAGAAAUUAGUUAAACAGAAAAUUGACAGUCUCUAUCUAUAGUCUUCUGGGCAAAGAGUGAAGCAGGGAAGACCAGAGAGACGAACUGUUCAAACACUGCCUGACCUAAGGUGCAUGUAUAUAGCUGGAUUAUCCUGUCAUAUACUAAAAGUUGAGAAGUGUCUUUUUCUUAUUGUUUUACAUAUACCUUCAGUUAAAAAAAAAAUCUAUUUCCUUUUAAAACUUGAUAAAGGAUUAUUAUAUUACAAUUAGUUUUGAGAUAACCAUUGUCCUUUGACCUAGAACAUGAGAAUAAAUUAUGACAUUUUGAUUGGUUUUGUUAUAUUUCUUAGCAAUCCACACUUAAUAUAUAUUCACUUUUUGCUAUUUUGAGUGUAUUAUAUUCUUUGACUUCAGCCUGGUCUCACUUUCUACAACUUGAGUUUACAACGGCAAAUUUACAGUUUGAUGAGUUUAGUAUGUACUGUGAAAGCAGUGUACAUGUUUACAGUAUCGGAGUUAGAUCCACAUUAAUGGAAUACACAUCAAUUUUUUUCUUUGAUCCACUACAUGUUUAAAUAUGUAUUUAUAUGAAAGGUCAGUGACUUUAUUAGGUAAACGGAAAUUAGUAAUAGACUGGAUAUCAGCGAAACUGUGGUUAUGGCGUACUUUUUUGACGUAGCAAUCUUAUGGUCAUGACAUCAUCAUGUCCCUACCUCUCUACCUUUAUAUUGUGAUACUGAAUGUCAAGUGAAACUCAACCAUACAUGCCCACAAUGAAGGCGAAACCCAGCUAUCUUAUGAAAACAUAUUGAGCAAACAAAGCAAGAGGAGAAAGAGGUGGUGAUAGCUGCCCUUGAGAAGGGGAGUCCAGUAGAGCAGAAGCAACAGAGAGAACAAGCUGGGAUUUUUCACAACUUGCCAUCAUGUCGGUUACAAUGUGCCAAACCUUGGGCUUUGUUGUCUCAGCCCUGGGCUUCGCUGGGAUCAUCGCAGCAACUGGACUGGACAUGUGGAGUACACAAGAUCUUUAUGAUAACCCAGUGACUGCAGUAUUCCAGUAUCAGGGCCUGUGGAGAAGCUGUGUAAGGCAGAGUUCUGGAUUUACGGAGUGCCGACCUUACUUUACCAUUCUUGGCUUACCAGGUCAUUUUGAUUUUCUUUAUAAAUAGAAAUACAGAAUUCGCCUUAGUGGAAAACCUGUACAAAUGUACCAUUUUAAAAGGAAGGGAAAUAGGAAUCAUGAAGUCACAUAGUUGAAUGUGUUCUAACUAUUUAAAUAUAGGGAGUGGAAAGUGACUACCUGGCAAAAUGGAUUAAAUAUCUAUUUAUCAUCUAUCUCUCUCUCUCUCUCUCUCUCUUUCCAUCUAUCUAUCUAUCUAUAUAUGUAUAUAUAGAUAGAUAGAUAGAUAGAUAGGUAGAUAUUAGCUGAUAUAGAUUUUGCAAGUAUAUAUAUGUUUAUUGCCAUCCUGAUGAAAGCCCAUGUAUUGGGGCUGAAACGUCAAUAUUUUUAAAUGUUAUAGAAUAAAAGUUAUAUUUUAUUUUUACUAUCAUCAAGUCCUUGGAGUGUGGUCAUUUCCAAAUAUAUAUAUAUGCAUGUUUGUGUUUAAUGGAGAAAAUCUUGUAAUAAUAUUACAUAAUAAGUUAUGGAACAUUUUUGGCAGCUCACUAAAAGAUAAUAUUUUCCCAUAUUUGAUACUGGAUUUAGCUUCAGCUCUUUGUAUCUCUCUCUUAAUCCCUCCAGCCCUCUCAUUAGCUUUGUCUUAAAUGGGAACAUAAAUAUACAGACAAUAGCAAUUAUUUAUCAUUUAAUUAGAGUUUUCCAAGAAAUUGUAUUAUUAUGCACCCAUCACUGUGUAUAACUAAUCAACCUACUCCAAAUACCAUAUAUCAUAUUUGUGCUGCACUGGUUUUAAUCUACAUGACUAAUCUGUGUUAUAUGCAGAGUUAUACACUAUACUGUGAAUUGUAAUAAAUGCUAGCAUUAAGGAUAAAAUAUUUUCCAACUAAGGUAAAGUCACAGUUUGGUUAUUUUAAGAUUAGUUUAACUAGAAUACAGAGUUUAGUGAAUAAACCUCUAUGUGUUGUAUAACAGAAUUGACUAAGUUUAAAUGUUAGUGGUGAAAUGGACAAACACUCAUCUAUGCCUCUUCAAAAUGCUAUCUGUAAGGAUUUACAAGUGCCUAGAAAGUAAAAGAUCUUCUCAUAUUUAGAAAUUGGUGCCAAUUUUCUAUUACAGGAAAUGUGCGCUUAACAAACUAUUUAUUUUACUUCUUCAAAAAAGAGUUCUACAUAAACAUCAAUUCAAUUCAACAGAUUUAGUAUAUAGGGUAUGAUUCAGAAUAGAACUAAGAAACAAGAAGGAAUAAUGUCACUUUAAUAAAUGUAGGUCUUUGUUAUAUGAAGCAGAACAUGUCUUAUCAGUAGUACGGGUGUGCUGCUCUUAUCAGUAAGUUCCUUCUAUUUAUUUACUAUUUCGUUACAGUCCACACCCUGGUAAUGAAUAAUGGGACUCCCAUUUCAAAGUAAUUUGUUUGGUCUGAUUAGGACUCAUAUGAUUUGUCAUUUUAUAUCAAUGCAAUGUAUGUAUUUUUCAAAGUGUACUAAGUCAAUGCCAUAUGUUAUUUAACAAUUCAAACACAUCGUUAGAACUAUUUUUCUUUUAACUGGUUUUGAAUGUGUCCAGUACGUAGCUAAUGAGAACAGAAAAAAAUCAGGCAGUCAAUAAUAUUAAAAUAUAUCCCUGGCUGAUAAUUAGUUUAAUCUAUUUCAGCAUAUUUUGCCUUUGGGAAGGAAAACUUGCUGAAACAUAUAUUUAAGUGGUCUUCUACCUUUGGUUAUCACGUCCAUUUAGAGGUUAUCGCCAAAUGUCUGUCUCUCACCUCAUCUAUGAACUUUCAUAGCACAUAAAUAAGGGGAUCUCCACUUUAAAUAAAUGUUUAAAGAUUAAAGGUGGUUGUAGUGGUAAAGGGUAUACUUAGCUGAAGUAUGCAGAGGAUGUAAGUAUAAAACACAAUUACCUCAGCAACAAGUCUUUUUAUUGGUAGGUGCUGACAUCUUCCCAAAAUGGCACUCAAACAUAUGUGUAUGAUUAUCUUCUCAUGGUAACGCCAAGCAUGAACAAUAGCAUCAAGCAAAUGUCCCAUGAUGCUUUGUGUAACACACUGCAUCAUGGGAUACCAGUGAAUACCAUUGUAUAUCAAGCUGUGCCUUGACAAUCUACCCUAUAGUCAAGUAAACAUAGUAAAUAAAAAAAAAAUGCAACAACAUUUUGAAAUAAAAAGAGCACAUACCGUAGAUAACGGUUGUUAAUUUUUAAUUAGGUGUGUGUUUAUGAAAAAAUAUUGGUGGGUAAAAGAUAGGGAAAAAAAGCCUUGUCCAAAUGAAAAUCAUGAUUUUUUUUUUUCAGGGUGAGGGUUUUUGUAUUAAUCAAUGAUUUGAAACAGUUUUGAUACUUUUUGCAAAAUGUGUAUUUGUUUUAGCCCCAACCACAACAUUCAAAAUUAUAUAUAAGUAUUUAGAAUUAUACUUUAACACGUUUGGGGUAAUCAAGUGGUUUGAAUGUGUAUUGAAUGUGUAUUUUUUUUCUUCCAGCUUUGUUCCAGGCAUGCAGAGCCCUGAUGAUUGUAGGGAUUGUAUUAGGGGCUAUUGGUUUGCUUAUUUCAAUCUUUGCACUGAAGUGUAUCCGAAUUGGUAGCAUGGAAGACUCAGCCAAAGCCAACAUCACUUUGACUGCUGGUAUCAUGUUCAUCAUAGCAGGUAUGUAACUCUUUCUUACCAUAUCAAUCAGUCAAGGAAUGUGAACAGUGAUCUCAUAAAGGCUUGGUCAGGGUCCUGUGAGGCUAAGAUAAGUCAUACAGCUAUUAGUCCUUGUUUUUGUGGUUGGAGUUGGGUAUGUGCCUAUUCACAUUAUGUUGGGUUUUUUAGUCUGAUACAUUUGUUACUGCCCAUUUCAAUGGGGGAGCAUGGGUGGUCUUCCCUAGUUAUCUUUUCUCCCCACCUCCCCCCUGUCCUCUUUAACCUAUUUAUUAGUUUGAGUCCUUUUGUUUCCUUUAGUUUGUUUUUCUUAUUUGCAUUUCCUGCAUGUUUCGAUUUAAAGUUUUUAGCCAAAGAGGGUUCUACUCAAGGUUGUCUUGUGGAUUUUUCUUUUUUUCCAUCCUUAUUAAUAGUUUGUUGACUAAACAUUGAGGCAUUGAUAAAUAAAGAUUGUCAAAAAAUGAAGGCUUGAAAACAUUCAGUGUGGUCUAAAAUGCGUAAAAAAAACACAAAAAAAUAGUCAGAAAAAAAAAGAUUUUUAAGGGGCCACCUCCUCAUUUCUUGACUCAGAAGUGGACAAUAGUGGAAGAACGUAGAUGUGUAUAUUCACUGGCAAUGAUAUCUGUUCAAAAAGGGUUAUUCCAACCAAAAACAGUGUUUUAAUAAAAUACUGUUUUUGGGUGGAGUAAGCAUAGAAAUAAAGAAAGAAAAAAAACAAAGAAAGAAAUUAAGAAGGAAAAGGAUUACUCCAACCAACAUAACGGCAAUAGCUCACUUUAGUGGUUAUUAUGGUAGGAAUACCCUGGUGCCUUUCCCUGGUAAUAGGACAAAAAAUUUUUGCCCAUCAGGCACUGAGUCUCCUUUCCUGCUGGCUUAUAACAUCUGGCUUCUGCAGAGCCGCAGAAGCUGAAUGCCAACCCUGCUAGCUAUUCAUUGGCAGAGAGCAUCAGCUUAUUGUCAUGAAUGACAUUCCACGCAUGGAAAUAUGUACAGAAUUAACAUUAGCAAGGCCAGAACAAGAGUGAAUGAUGCCCGAUUCACUCUGCUGGUGGUUGAUUUAUACCUCUGGCACCAGUCUCAGUAUGUGCAGCAUGUACAAUCUCCAGGUACCAUGAUCACUUCAUAUUACUGAUGAGGUCAUGAUGCUUCAAGUAUCCCUUUACCUUUUAUUUGUUGUAUAUGAUCUGCUGAAUAUAAGUUUAUCUUUAUUGUUUUAAAUUUUAUUUUAGAUGGAUUACUUGUUGAAUAAAAUGUGGGUAUUUGUCAAUAAUUUAUCUAUUUACUUUGAGUGACUGUCUAACAUAGAUCUGUGAUUGGUGUAUCCUAUGUUGAUGUGAUAUAUCAUAUUAUAUAUAUUUCUUAUAUUUUAAUAUUUUGAAAAAAAAUAUUUUAAAAGUUUAUCCAAAAAUAUGAAGUCAUUUAACAAAAAUGUAUAUUUGAUAUCAUUUAUAGUAACUUGAGAAUAAAAUAACCUAGUAGUUCAUAUUUCAUUAAAUAUCCAUAUAUUUAUUUUAAAGCCCCAGAAUAUGUACAUGUUUGUGUAUUUGUUCACUUAUUUCACAAAUGCUUACAUUUCUCUUCAGGAUUGUGUUCCAUUAUUGGAGUUUCAGUAUUUGCAAACAUGUUGAUAACAAACUUCUGGACGACCACGGCUAGCAUGUACACUGGGGGUGCCAUCAGUGGAAUGGGAGGUAUGGGAGGCAUGCAGACUCUACAGACAAGGUAACUUCCCUCUGGACUGUAAAAUGUUUAUAAUACUUAGAUAGUUACUCCUACAUGGGUACAUAUUUAACUCAAAGUCAUAAAGAUCACAGUUUCUUUAUCUUUUUUCUUGAUUUCUAGAUACACAUUUGGCUCUGCACUUUUUGUUGGAUGGGUGGCCGGUGGUCUGACACUAGUUGGUGGGGUCAUGAUGUGCAUAGCAUGCAGGGGACUAACGCCUGAGGAAACAACGUAAGUAAUUAUAGACUUUAAGCAAAAAUGACGCAUUUAAAUUUGGAUUAUGAUAUUCAAACUUAUGUAAAGCUUAUUUUUUAAAUUUCCUUGCACUCUACCUAUCUUCCCAAAUAUCUAUAUACCUCUCCAAAUUAUCCUCCUAGAUAUACUCAUGUUUCCUGAAAUGAAAACAAACAUGUUUAGAGUGCUUUAACUUCUUUCACCAUCUCAAUCUAUAUAAUUGGACUAUUUAUGCAUCUUCUUUUCAAUCAUAUCUUGCAACCUUGAUGUUAUCCAUAUCUAAGAAUAAUCUCUAUUCUUUGGAAAUCACAUUCACCUUAACUCAUCGUUUUCACCUCUCUAGUAUGCUAAACAUUUGCCUAUUCAUGGAUACCUUUACUACAGAACUCCUGCUCAUCCACAUAUUGCUAAUCAAACUAAUGACAAUUAUUGUUUCCUUCAACUCCUUCCUUGCCAUAUCCCUCUCAUCUAUCUCCUUAAAUACAACUACUCUGGCAUGCAUCUAUGCUGUUUUUUGUUUUUGUUUUGCCCCUUUGUUGUCAGUGGUUACACUUUCUAUUUUCUGGUCUCUACCAAUGAGAGUUACUAUAUACGUAAUGUUUUUUCCCCUAACCUCAACACAACUAACUGCAACACAACUAAUACCGCAACUGUUCCAUUGAAGUCUACUGGGAAAAAAAAAACUAUAUUUAUUAAGCAAAGUAAAUUAUUACUCUUCUAAGAGAAUCCAGCUUGGUGUAACACAAAUAUGUACAAAUCAUUUACCAGAAACCUUAAACUAGUCAAACAUGUUAUAUAAAUCCAAUGGGCUCAUCAUAUACACACACAGGUUACACGAUUACUGAGAAUUUCUCUAGAAAUAUUGCUUUUUAAUUCUUUGCACCAGAAUUAUUUCAAUUCUACAAUGCAAUGCACCAAUUUGUAUCAAGCCAACAAGCAUUUUUUUUAUAUAUCUAUAUGAUUAUACAUCUUAUAUUUGUAUAUAUCUAAAAAAAAAGUAACAUUGCAUACUGCAACAAUCUGGUAUUUUGGCUAUAUAUAUAUAUUAUUCUAUUGCAUAUUUUCUAUUUAAUUGCUGAAAAUUUAAAUAUGGAAAAUGUGUUUUUUUUUUAAAUUAGAAAUGAUACCUUAGGACAAACACAAGAAGUAAAAAAAAAUGUCAGUUCUCAAAUGUACUUGAAAUGGUUUAAUCCACUUGUAAAUUAGAUUUUAUUGCUAGCACUCCAAGGAAUCAACUUUUUCUGAGUUUGAAAUACAUGUUAUUCUCACCUUUGGUCUAAUUUUAUCCCACUUCUCUUGUCUUACCCGCUUGUUAGUUCACCUCUAAUGUGACUUGUGGAAUACGUGUAUUGGCACUUUAUCAAUAAGAUUUAGAUUGAUGAUAAUAUAAAUUGAAUAGUAAAAUUGCAAUGGGUCUAUCCAUCUAUCAGCAGGUUAGGUGAGAUUUCAAUUUACUUGUUCAAUUUCAGCUAGACUACUGUGAUUGGGAAAUAUCUUCAACACAGACAAAUCAGUGUUUCCCCUCCCACAUUAUGUAGUGAAUAAACCCAUAUGAACUUUAUAACCAGUGGGUCCAUGGUGUGAAUGUGUAAAUAUAUGUAAAAGAGUAUAUUUAUUUAUUUAUAACAUAUUUUACCAAGAUGGUUACAUUGAGAUUUCUCUUGUUUUCAAGUAUGUCCUGGGUCCACAAAACAUUGUAUUGUUACAAUAUUACAAAAAUACAAUAUACAAACUAUAUAUAUAUAUAUAUAUAUAUAUAUAUAUAUAUAUAUAUAUAUAUACACAUAAACACAAAUAUUAAUUUAAUACAUAACAGAUAAUAAACAUAUUCAACCAUGAAAGGUGCAUUCUAUGCUGAGGUAUAUUACCAUAGAUCUCUUAAAAGAUUUUAGAUUGAAUGAAGAUUUAACUGUGUCCCUGAGGUUAUUCCAUAAUUGCGGUGCUCUGUAGGAAAAGGAGGAUCGAGACACUUUAUUUUUGUAUUGUGGUAUGCUAAAUAUUGUACUAGUAUUGGAUCGGGGGCUAUAGUAGGUGGGAACAUCCAGGGAGAGCAUUCUACUCAGAUAGGAUGGGAGCUUCCCAGAAAUGCUUUUAUGCACAAGGCUGGAAAGAUGAAGAGUGUGUCGGGAUUCCAGCAACAGCCAGUUUAGCUCUUUUAACAUGUCACAAUGGUGGGUAAAGUAAUUACAUUCUAGUACAAAGCAGCAGAACAAAUUAUAUAACGUAUUAAGUUUAUUAAGGUGGGUUUGUGGUGCGGGUGCAUACACGACAUCCCCAUAAUCAAUGUUUCCUUACUGUAGGGCUUAGGCAGGAUUUGUUUCUGUAGAGGGCACCUAGUUUUGGGAAAAGUUUUGAAGAGAUUUUUUCAAUGUGAAGGCCAAAGGAUAGAUUGAGGUGUAGCAACAUACCUAGAUAUUUAAAAUAGCAAACUGCCGUCAAUGUGCUAUUUGAAUUUGUUCUGAUACAAAUUGUUGAUUUUGUAGUUUACGUAAUUUAGAUACAGUUCCAAAGAUCAUUGUAACGGUUUUGUCACUGUUUAGGAAGAGUUUGUUAUCCACUAUCCACUUUUCUACCUCUGUAAAUUGGUUUUGGAGCACAGCCUCAAGCUGCGGUAGCGUGGGUUUACUAGCGUAGAUUACAUAUAGAUUAUAUAUAAUAAUAUAUAUAUAUAUAUAUAUAUAUAUAUAUAUAUAUGCAGAACAGCAACAUCAUUUUAAAAUAAAAACAAUCAAAAUACUUAAAUAUUGAUUCUUUAUUGAAUUAAAUAAUUGUGUGUUCUCUUUCUGAUAUAGGUACAAGGGUGUUUCCUACCAUGUGUCUGCUAAGAGCCCAGGAUACAAGACAUCAGCCUAUGAAGACAAGAGUAAAAAAUCAAUUUAUAAUGAAUCUCGACGCAGUGAUGCUCCUUCAAAAUUUGAUUAUGUGUAAUACUAUUAAGGCAUUGCCCAUUUAUCUUUCAUGACAGAGUGUUAUUCUGUAUAAUUUAGGGAGCCUUGUGUAUUGAGCAGUGUAAUAUGAGACAUGGUUUAAAACUUGAAGACAACACAGUUUUGUAAACUUGGACAAUUACUUUUGACAACACAAUUUACAUUUCUAAAGAAAUAUUUGAUAACUAAUAUCCAAUUUCUACCUUUCAAUUGUUCUUCCUCACUUAUAUUUACAUAUAAGACUUGGGGGGAUGUUCUUUAAAGAAAAUCGUUCUUCCUACAUAAGUUCCAUAUAUGUUUCAGACUGAGAAUUCCUAAAUAUUAGACACUUUUUUCCUUAUUGAUCAAUAUAUUUUAUUCACCCAUAUUCAUGUUAUGGAAUAGCUGAUGGUGGUGAUGGAAAAUGCUCUUUUUUAGAACCAGUUUAGAAUAGAAUACUCAAAUUUAAAAUCCAUCGUUCUGCUCCAAGACCUACUUGGAGAUUAUGACAUGUUUUGUCUUUAUAUGAACUUCUGUAUUGUUUUGAUGUCCUGUAUUCUAAUUAUAUCAAGCAAUUUCAUAUUUUUCUAUGUAUUUCUUCUGAUGAUAUUGAUAAAAAUGUUUCAGCCACUUAAAUUACCUGUAAAAGGGAUAAUCAAUCUUGGGGGGUAGUAGUCAGCUUACAUAGAGCUUAAUAAAUUGUCAACAAACACAUUUUAUUGCACAUGUGAUAAACAUGUAUUGCACUUGAAAUUAGGUAGACAUAUGUGCAGGAUUACUGAGUGAGUUCUCUACAGAGUCAUCUUAACAACAUGUUAGAAUAAAAAAAGUGAUACAUAGAAAGCCACAUUCUUAUAGUGAAACAAGAAUUUAUUGAAAAACAGCAAAUUAAAAAAAAAUCAUAUUUACGAUACAUAUAGUUUUCAUUGCUUGAUUCAUGUUGUUCAGUGGUUUCCACUAUUUGUUUUGUUUUUCUUAUAAACAUUUUUCAUUACUUUAAAAAAACAACUUGUAUUUAAUAAGCAGUUGCAUAUCUUAUUUAGAACAUAAUCAUUCCUGAAUCUUUGCACAGAACACUCUUAUUUUAAAUUCAAGUUUACAUAGAAUACUGAUGGUUUUGAUUGAAAGUAGAACUAAAUCCAUUUUGUAUAAAUUCAAUAUAUUGUGACCGUUCUCUAGUAUUUAUUUUCAAAAAGUAUUUUUUUCCAAAGGACCUUACUGCAAUAAACUGUGUAAACACAUAUAGAAAGUUCAGAAUGUGUGAUCAAAAAAGUUUCCUUCACAUCUGCUAAGGACUAUAAACACGGACAUUUUGCAAUGCACGUUCUUGACUAGGAAGGGGAUUUUGAAGAGUUUUCAAGAGCUCUUCAAAACACGCAAAAUGAGGCAAUUGCUAUUCAGAUCUUGGGUGCCUUAUUCGUCUCAAUACAUUCCAUUCCUAGCAUAGCUACUGCAAACUCUUGAUGUAUUUCUCCAUUAGAGAACACAUAAAUCUAGUUGGUUUACACACUGCCAGAGGCCCAUGGUAGCUCAUAGUGAAGCAAGAUAGAUGCACUGAGGGAACAUUUCCAUCACAUUUUCAAAAUUGAGCAUGGGAGUUUUCCUGGUUUUAUUGUUAAACUUUAUCUGUAAGGUGAAGUAAUUUGAGGGUCUAUGGAAUAUGCAUAACUUGAAUUUAAUUUACAAUUCUGCUCUUGUUACUUGAACAAAGGUGGGUUUCAUCCAAACAUGCCCUGUCUUAACAUUAAAACCCUAUUAAGGGCACUCUACAAUAUGAUUUAAACGUCAAACAAAUUGUAAUGUGUCAAGACAUUUAUGGAAUAGGCAUUUAAUAUAUAUAUAUUUUACAUAUGUGUAUCUUUUUUUCCAACAUAAGAGAAUUCUAAUUUGAACAAGGAUUUUUUUCCCAAGAGCUACUUUUUACAUUCACUUGUGUUGGGCCUUCCAUUUGAUAUUUUUGUACACACCAUGACAUAUAAAUCUAAUUUAAAAAGAUGUCAUGCAUCAAUAUCAGUGGUAAUUCUAAAAAAAGACAUUUGUGGUUUACACUCCAUGAAAGAAAACUAUUGGAAACAAAAUUCAACAGCAGCUGGAGUGCAAAAAUUAGAAAUUUUGAAUUAGAAUCAAUAAUCUUUCAUGGGAAACUAUUAAUUCUUUUUUUCAUCCUCCGUGUCAUCUAUAACUUAAAGAUCUUUUAAUUACAUCAUUUUCAUAGAUCAUCUCAUUAUUUUUUUAGUUAUAGAGAACAACAUAAUGAUAUUUUGGGACCAAUAUGUCAUCGUAAAAAGCUGAUGAAACAUGCAUGUGAACUUUCCAAUUUCCCUAAACCAUCCUCCAAUACUGCUAUAAAUAAAAAGACCUCAAUUUAAUAAGCUUUUCAAAUGAUUCAAUACUGUUACAAAAACUUUCCAAACGGUUUAUCUGCGAAAGUCACCAUUAAAGCCUAUGGGAUUAUUUUGUAGAUUAAUCAUUUGUGUUUUCUAACAGUAUUGAAUCAUUUGGAAAGCUUGUUACAUCAACGCCAAGGUUGGAUCGAGCAAUACAGUACAUACAGUAUGCAAAUAUGUAUUAAUACAAAUAUACAGCUUAUUAUUUUAAUGAGGUUUAAAGCAUGCCCACAAACAUGCUUACUUUUUUUAUUGUUUAAAAGAGAAAAUUCAGAAUCAAAUACAUUAAUAAAUUAGACUAGGUAUUUGUUAAACAUUUUCCAACAAGAAAUGUAAUGUAUUAAUUUAUGUUUAAUGAGAUUAUCUGUCCUACUUGAUAACAAGUUUGAUUUCAUACGUGAGAGUUUUAUAAAGUGCAUUGUACCCCAGUGACUUUCAAUCAUUUCUGAAGGAAUGGAUCUUUGUUGCGAACAGCCCCUUACCAUAAACCUGUCUCAAAUAUUCUACUUUUUAUUGUUAUUGUACUUUACACUUUGUAGUAAUGUUUAUGUUUAGCUAUAUCCAUUAGAGUAAAAGACUAAAACAUAAUUAAUUAAAUGUUUGUUGUAUGAUUAAUCACUAUAAUAGGCAACUGAUUUUGUAAACAUUUUUCAUAUGUUGUAUGCUAAAAUUCUCAAUGUUCUCUUUUUCUUUUUAACUAAAUAGAUAUUGUAUGGAGUUUACAUUUUGGUUAUAAAAUAAUAAUGAGAAAAAAAACCGAAACUUAUAUG